CAUGAAGUCGAACAAACCUAUGGUCGCUGUUUGUUGUCGCGUGACCAGAAGCUGUCACAUGACAGUCAUAUGACCGGGUGUUUGUGAGAUGGCUGCGUCGCGCGAGCACCGGUCUCUUCUGAAUGAAGAUGACGAUGAAGAUGAUGAAGGUGUGUUGGAGAGCAUGAGCCCGCUGUGUGAUCCGCGUCACCUGCUGCACCGGAUCGUGGUUCUGUGCUUCAUGUGUUUCCUGGGCUUCGGAAGUUAUUUUUGCUAUGACAACCCGGCUGCUCUUCAAACUCAAGUCAUACAGGAUAUGAAUCUGAACACAGCUUCUUUCAUGCAGUUGUAUGCGUGGUACUCGUGGCCAAACGUGGUUCUGUGUUUUCUUGGUGGGUUUCUGCUGGACAGGGUCUUUGGCAUCAGGUGGGGAACGAUAAUCUUUGCAUCAUUUGUGUUAUUAGGACAGAUCAUAUUUGCUGCUGGUGCACUGGUCAAUCAUUUCUGGCUGAUGGAGGUCGGACGCUUUGUUUUUGGUAUUGGUGGAGAGUCAUUGGCUGUGGCACAGAACACAUAUGCAGUUAACUGGUUUAAAGGCAAAGAGCUCAACCUGGUGUUCGGUCUUCAGCUCAGCAUGGCCAGACUGGGCAGUACAGUAAACAUGAAUGUCAUUGGUUGGGUAUACAGUCGUAUUCAGAUGAUGGUGGGCUCAGCCGGAUACACCACACUGGGAAUAACACUCAUGAUCUCGGCGUCCACGUGUCUCUUCUCACUCAUAUGUUCACUGGUUCUGGGUUUCCUGGACAGAAGAGCAGAGAGGAUUCUUCACAAGGAGCAAGGAAAAACCGGAGAAGUGAUCAAGCUUACAGAUGUAAAGGAUUUUCCGCUUUCUUUAUGGCUUAUCUUCAUCAUAUGUGUGGGAUAUUACGUGGCCAUCUUUCCAUUUAUUGGACUCGGCCAAGUCUUCUUCAUAGAGAAGUUCAGUUUCACUCCUGUCCAGGCCAGAGCCAUUAACAGUGUAGUGUAUAUCAUCUCAGCCCCUGCUUCACCUUUGUUGGGUUUUGUGGUUGAUAAGACGGGCCGGAACAUCAUGUGGGUUCUGUUGGCUGUAGUCACCACACUCUUCUCUCACGUCAUGUUGGCCUUUACCCUCUGGAACCCCUGGAUUGCUAUGUCUAUCUUAGGUUUGUCCUAUUCUCUUCUGGCCUGUGCACUUUGGCCUAUGGUGGCAUUUGUCGUACCAGAACAUCAGCUGGGAACUGCAUAUGGAUUUAUGCAGUCUAUACAGAACUUGGGUCUGGCUCUCAUCUCGAUGGCCGCAGGAACCAUCUUAGAUACCAGAGGAUAUCUCUUUCUCGAGGUUUUCUUCAUUGCCUGCGUGUGUUUGGCUUUGAUCGCUGUGGUCUUGUUGUAUCUGUAUAAUUCUUAUAAAGAUGGAGAACUGAAUCUGUCUGCUUCGUCAAGAGCUCAACGUACUAAAGCUGAGGAUGCUCAACGUCUGCGCCGCCAGCAGCAGUCACAGGAUGAUCAAGAUCAUCUGAAACCUCUGUCUCCAUUUGGCCUGCGCAACCGUUAUCUGUCCAGACUGGGUGUUCAGAUACCAGACCAUUGCUGUCCACAUCUGUCUUCACUGGCCUACAGAAGUGUCCUCAAAUGAGUCUCAACGCCUUUCUAUUUGCCCUUUUGCACUUUAUUCUUCAACAGGCCUGCCUCUAUAGUAAACUCACAGAAUGCUGUUACAUUUAAACACUGCCUAAAUCUAUGUAAAAUUAUUAGCAGGAAUAAGAGUACAUUUAAUAAAGUUUUUUUCAUGCA